UGGAAAACCCGGCGCUGAAUUACCCAGAGCAAGCUCGGACUGGAGCCAGGAACCUGGGUGGGGAAGCUGCCACCACCUCCGCCGCAUACGCAUGCUCUCUGGCCUCCUCCGGCUGGGUGGGAGGAAGCUGUGGCAGCCUUGUCCACCAGGCUGGGCCGGGCUUGGGCGUCAGCACCGGCGGCCAUCUUGGCUUCUCCGAGAAAGGCUGAGAGAGGGGAGAAGUUGUAGAGGGGGAGGGCCGAAGUGGGGCGGAGAGAAAGAGAGCGAGCGAGCGGGGAGGCGGCCGUGGCGGGGCUGGGCGGAGACUGCCGGCCUGACUGACUGGCUGGGUUGCGGAAGUGGAAGCCGCUGGCCCUGGCUAUUGCCCUCCCUCCCUAUUCGCCCGCCCGUCGCUGGUUCAGCUUCCUCUUUGACUCCCGGGAGCGCGAGGCGGCCCGGCUGUGGAUGGUUAGAUAGCCCCCGCCGCCAGCCCCCCCGCCCUCCCCGUAUCCAGCACGGACCCGACGGCGGCGGCGGCUGCAGCAAGAGGAGGCGGAGGCAGAAGAUGGCGGGACGGCUGCCGGCCUGUGUGGUGGACUGUGGCACCGGGUAUACAAAACUUGGAUAUGCUGGAAAUACAGAACCACAAUUUAUCAUCCCUUCAUGUAUUGCUAUCAAGGAGUCUGCAAAAGUGGGAGAUCAAGCACAAAGGAGGGUGAUGAAAGGUGUUGAUGAUCUAGACUUCUUUAUUGGGGAUGAAGCAAUAGAAAAACCAACUUAUGCAACAAAGUGGCCAAUCCGUCAUGGUAUAGUUGAAGAUUGGGACUUGAUGGAGAGAUUUAUGGAACAAGUGAUCUUUAAAUACCUAAGAGCAGAACCUGAAGAUCAUUAUUUUCUUUUGACGGAACCUCCACUAAAUACACCAGAAAACAGGGAAUAUACUGCUGAAAUAAUGUUUGAAUCCUUUAAUGUGCCAGGCCUAUACAUAGCUGUACAGGCUGUCCUUGCUUUAGCUGCAUCUUGGACAUCAAGACAGGUAGGAGAGCGGACACUGACUGGUACAGUUAUAGACAGUGGAGAUGGCGUCACUCAUGUCAUUCCUGUGGCUGAAGGGUAUGUGAUUGGCAGCUGUAUCAAGCACAUUCCAAUUGCUGGGAGAGACAUAACGUAUUUUAUUCAGCAGUUAUUAAGAGAAAGAGAAGUAGGAAUUCCUCCUGAACAAUCCCUGGAAACAGCUAAGGCAGUGAAGGAACGUUAUAGUUAUGUCUGCCCAGAUUUAGUCAAAGAAUUUAACAAAUAUGAUACAGAUGGAUCAAAGUGGAUUAAACAGUAUACUGGAAUCAAUGCAAUUUCAAAGAAAGAAUUUUCCAUUGACGUUGGUUACGAACGGUUCCUGGGGCCAGAAAUCUUCUUUCACCCAGAGUUUGCUAAUCCAGACUUCACACAACCUAUCUCAGAAGUAGUAGAUGAGGUAAUUCAGAAUUGCCCUAUCGAUGUCAGACGUCCUCUCUACAAGAAUAUUGUCCUCUCUGGAGGUUCAACCAUGUUCAGGGAUUUUGGACGUCGACUACAGCGAGAUUUGAAAAGAACUGUUGAUGCAAGACUGAAACUAAGUGAAGAAUUAAGUGGUGGUAGACUGAAGCCAAAGCCUAUUGAUGUGCAAGUCAUCACACACCACAUGCAGCGAUAUGCAGUAUGGUUUGGGGGAUCAAUGCUGGCUUCCACGCCUGAGUUCUACCAAGUAUGCCACACCAAAAAGGAUUAUGAAGAAAUUGGACCUAGUAUUUGCCGCCACAAUCCAGUGUUUGGGGUCAUGUCUUAAAAUUGACUUCAUAGUUAUAACAGUUAGGGAAGUGGGGAAGAGCUCAUCUUUCUGAUUACUUGUUUUGCCUGGAUGGCUGGUAUUGAGAUAGCAAACUGACUUGACAAGAAAAAGACCAAACAUAAUUCAACAGGAAUAUUUUAAUAAAUGUAUCAACAUACGAAUGUAGAAGAAAGCCAAAAUAAUUAAAAGUGUUUUUCUUUAGGCAAUAUUUGCAUCUGUGUGUAACAAAAAAAAGUGGGUUUUAGUUCUCUGUGACCGGAUAUUUUGUAUAUUAAUGGAUUAUCCAAGAUUUGAUGGAAUUUAAAGGUAUGUAGAUAGCUCUAUUAAUGCUUGAAUUGUACACUUCCAAGUGUACAGUGCAAGAGCUUGUUUAUAUUUCAUACUUUUUUAUACUUUGAGGAAAAAAAUGUCAAAGAAAAAUUGUCAUAUUUGAGGAAAAAAGAGACCAACUAUAAGGUAAAUUAAAAAAUAAUCCUCGUGACACUGGCUUACACACUCAUGUUACUCUAGUUAUUAAAAUUUUCAACCAUCCAAAAAAAAUCUGGUUUUCUUUGCAAGUGCUUUUUGGAACUAAAGCUAGUAUCUUGGAUUAACUGAUGCCUGCUAGUGCUUUCUGAAUACUCUCAUUCUGUUUCUUGCUUUAAAAGAAAAGUAAAGACAAGAUUGUUGGACCAGUAUUGCAGUUAUGUAGUGUCUUUUUUGAUAAAAAACAUUCUGAUUAUCAAAAUUGGUGUAUUUAAAGCCCUAACACCAUUCCAAUAAAGACACAAAAUUUCUUUUGAUGUUUGUUUGAAGCUCUUCAAUCUCCUUACAAACUAAAUGAUAAAUCUUUUCUGAAGACCUCACAAUCAAUGUUUGAGUUAGCAAGAUGAAUUUUUUUAUGUGCUUUGUACAAACAAGUGUGUAAUUUUAGAACUAAAAUAUUGACUGCUUUCAUUUUGAUAACUGUACCGUUUGAUAUUUUCAUUUGCAUAAUGAAUUUUCACAGUUUUAAAUUUUUUCCCCUCAGUCACCAACAAUAUCAUGCAAGUUACGUUUUCAUUGCAUUUUUAAAUCUCUGGAUCAUGAAAAAAAAUCAAAAUAAAUUGAAACUGAACUACCUUUUCUAAUGUUUUUUAAAAAGCAAUAUAAUUUCCUUUUAUGUAUAUUAGAUGUGGUUUCUUCUACAUUCUAUUGAAAUUGUGGAAAUAGAAAUCUUUAUAAUGUGUGUGUGGUGGAAAAAUUAUCAUGAACUCAGUUAAUACCCUGUGAUGUGCAAAAGUUCACAAGAGGGAAAUCUUUUAGACAUUUGUUCUACAGUAUGAUUGCAUCAGUAAUGUCAAUAUUUGAACUGUAAAAUGUGUUAUCCUUGAAAAUAAUAUAUAGUUAGAACAUUAAAGUAAAUCUACCCAAAAAACAAAGACCAAUUUUUUUUUAAGUUUCAAUUUGUUUUAGUCUAGGCAUAGAAUUGGGGAGCAAAAAGUAGUUUUCAUUUGGAAUGAUUCUGAAAUGUGAGAUUUUAUUAAACAUGUGAAACUUGAAUCUCUGAAAAUGAGAGUAAAUGCUAAUAGAAUGUAUGUCAUGUAUCCUACUUUGUGGCAAUCAUUUUUCAAAGAUCAUGUGGUUUAGAAAUAAAUUUGGAUAAACAAUGAGUAAGGAAAUCUCCCCAGCCCUUCCAUUUGAGGGUUGUUUAAAUACUUAAAUCCAUAAAUUUGUUUCAUUCAGGAUGAGUUUUGUAAUUUGGACAAAUGAAAUGGAACUACAUGCUUACAAGGCUAUUGAUUAUAUAAGUGAAUGUUUUUAUGAAAAAAUAAUUUCUUUCACUAGAAUGUACAAAAAAAUCCAAAAUUUAACUUUGUAAGAUAGCUGUUUCCAAUAGAGAAGGGAGAUAAAUGAAUCCAUUUCAUAGCACAUGAUAUUUACAGUGGCCUUUUGAAGAGAACACUGGAGUCAACCCCUUCCCUCCCCACCCCUUUCCCCCUCUUUCUCCCAUAUUUCCAAAUUCUCAGUUGGCAAUAAUGCAAUCUUUUCUCUUUCUCAAUAGACGGGAGUUUGAGAAAAGGGGAAAACUUAUGAGUCCAUUUAGAGAGCAAAACUUUCUAUGUAUAAGAUAGCCCUUUUACUUAAAUUUUUUUUUACAUGUUGAUAGAAUUUUAAUGGUGAUUUUCUUACAUUUGUUGGUUCAUUUUCUCUUCCCUUCCUUCCAUCCCUUUCCAAGACAGCAGGCAAUAGGAUAUAUAUGUUGUACAUUUCUCAGCCCAUUUGCUUUUUGUUUCUUUCCUCAGCACUUUCUGAUAAAGGAUUAUAAUGGGCAUACAUUGACAUGCCAGGAGUCUUUUAGUUGUAAAGCCUGCUUCAAUAGAAUUUGAAAUUGCAAAAAUCUAGGAGCUGUUCUUCCAAAUAUUUGUAGAAAAUUAAACACUUAUGUCAUCUUUAAAAACAUGUUAAGGAUGUUAUAUAUCAUUUACAUUUGAACUUAUAAACCUUUCAGUAUGUUUUUGUUUUAAUAGUAAAUUAACUUAGAAAAAUAGAUCUUGCUCUUUUAAAUAAACUUCAAAAUGAUA